GAAUCAUCUAAACUUUACUCCGAUUAACUGGCAAAACAUUUUGAAAACCCAAAACAUUCAUCUCCCGCCCUCAAUCAUCAAUGCUUUAAUUUUGUCUGUCACACCUUUUUCUUUUCCAAAGGUUACUGAACAUAAAAUAUCUAAUCAAAUCGAAGUUUUUGAGAGAGAGAAGCCGUAGGAGGCAGAUGUCGACGCCCUCGCUCCGACGGCUAAAAGAGCGCGGUGGCGCUGGAAGCAAGUUCGCAGUUCCGUCCACCUCCUCGGCGGGGACAAGACACUCCAAAGCUCUUACGCCACUUGCCGAAAAAUCUGGUGUCUGUGGUUAUGACGCGUCCGGAGAGAGGAUCGGGAGAUCAACCGGGAAAGAGAAUCCAAGGCCCAGUUCUCGGGUCCGGUCCGCAACGGCAUCCUCGAUGCAGCAGCAGAAGCCAACGCUUCGAGCCAUGCCUCGAAUUGAAAAGUCGUCUGCAACUUCAGUAGAAGGUAGGGAAUCUCGUGUAGAGCCACGGGCGCGGUGGUCUACUUCGUCAGUUCCGAGAGGUAGGAGUUCUAGCCCAUCUGAAUUCAGAAAGACUUUAUCGGAUUCACGAAAUUUCCCUAGGGUUUCUAAAGUGUCAGGGGAGCAACGGAUAACUACUGCUAGCGGAAAAUCCGAAAUCCAGCGAAGCAGUGAACAUCUUCAGAAAUAUGAUGGGAAAUCUGAAAUAAAGGAAAAAUUUGCUUCAAAAGGCUCCAAGUACUAUGAUAACAAGGAUAAAGAUGUUAAUUUGAGCUCAGAUUUGAAAAGGCCGAACUUUAUGGCUCAACAAAUGCAGCCUUAUUUGGACUCUGAUUUGAAGAAUCGGGUUUUGGAUGAUGGAAAGGUGAAAUCUUGUGAGGAAAAGAGCAUGAAUAGUCUUGAAUUAGGUUCCAAAGAUUUAAGAUUGCUGACCAAGUCAAGCAGUUUGAGAGAGAAGUGUGUCAAAGAAGAAGGGAAGGGUGGUAUGGGUGUUAGCAACUACCCAAGUAAACUGCAUGAAAAGCUUGCAUUUUUGGAAGGAAAAGUUAUAAGGAUUGCUUCAGAUAUUAAGAGGACUAAGGAGAUGCUUGAUACAAAUAACCCUGAUGCUUCAAAGUUGAUACUGUCUGAUAUUCAGGAGAAGAUUUGCGGAAUAGAAAAGGCAAUGUGUAAAGUUGAACAAGAUGGGACAAUUGGGGUUUCAAAAAGUCAAACUGAUGAUAGGAAGGUUGAAGAGUUGGUGAUGAUCGAUGUGAAAAAUGAGGUCGAGAGGAAAAGAUUUAGCAACGGAUUGAACUCUAAGGAGCUAGAAGCUAGAUUGUUUCCUCACCAUAAGCUGCUUAGAGAUAGAGCAUCUGUGAGUGCAUCAGGGUCUAUAUCCAAGGGUCAGCAAAUAAAAGAUGCUGACUUCUUUACUAAUGAUUCGAUCAGGAAAGAGAAAUCCUGUCCAGUUGAUCAAAAUCCCAUAGCAAUUGAGUUCUUGCCUUCUCUGAAUAUGAAUCAAAGUUCCAAAGCUGCUACUCAAUCUGAGAAUGUCAAUUCUCAGACGACAGAUGCUCAAGAUGCGGAUGAUGUCGUUAAUUCAUCAGUACAAGGCUCUUCCUUGAAAGUUUUAAAUAAGAGGGAUAAUCUUGAUGAUAUGUUAACAAGCGACGAAAAACUCGAUGAAAUUGACGAUCAUGAUAAAAUGCCGUCGGUUAAUAUAGAGGACGACACUGAGGAUAAUUGUAUGUAUCAGUUAAAUGAGAUUGGUCAUAAAACCUCAACUGGUGGAUGGUUUGUCUCUGAGGGAGAAUCUGUACUUCUUGCACAUAAUGAUGGUUCAUGUUCCUUCUAUGAUAUUGUGCAUUGUGAGGGGAAAGCUGAGUAUAAACCUCCAGUCGGAGUCAUGCCAAACAUGUGGCAUGAUUGUUGGGUCGUACGUGCCCCAGGUGCAGAUGGUUGUUCAGCAAAAUAUAUAGUAGCAGCAUCUGCUGGAUAUUCUGUAAAUUCAGGUUUUUGCUCUUGGGACUUUUAUAGUAGAGAUGUGAGAGCUUUUCAUAUUGAGAAUGGCUCUUCCUCCAUCACCACCACAUGUGCAAGAACCGCCCUUGCUCCCAUAUCCAAUAACACUACGUACAGAAGAAAUUCUUUAUCCUCUGUUAUGGCUUCUGAAAACCCACAGUGGUGGUAUAAACCCUGUGGUCCACUCAUCAUAUCGGCAGCUAGUGGUCAAAAGAUGGUCAGGAUAUAUGACAUUCGUGAUGGAGAACAUGUUAUGGAAUGGGGGUUAUCAAAACCUUUGUUGGCAAUGGAUUAUUCAAGUCCAUUGCAAUGGAGGAGCAGAGGGAAAGUAGUCACGACAGAGAUGGAAGGUAUUUCUUUUUGGGACGUGAAUUCACCUAGUCCUCAAGCAUUGUUAUCUGUAUCGUCUUCUGGGCGUAAGAUAUCAGCACUUUAUGUGAGUAACACAGAUGCUGAAUUAGGCGGUGGAGUUCGACAAAGAGUGAGUUCAUCGGAAGUAGAAGGAAAUGAUGGAUUUUUUUGCACUGCUGAUGCCAUCAAUGUUCUAGAUUUCCGGCAUCCUUCUGGCAUAGGCCAAAAGAUACCCAAAAUUGGCAUGAAUGGACGGUCAGCAUUCUCUCGAGGAGAUUCCAUAUAUCUUGGCUGCACAACUCUGAAAUCAGCAGUUAAACGGCAGCAAUGUUCUCGGAUCCAGCAGUUCUCAUUGCGAAAGCCAGGCGUGAUUAGCACAUAUGCAUUGCCAGAAUCAUCUGCUGCUCAUUCUCAUCACACUGCAUUAACCCAAGUUUGGGGGAACUCAAACGUUGUCAUGGGAGUUUCUGGGCUCGGACUCUUUGUUUUUGAUUCAUUGAAAGGCGACAGUCUCCAGUCUUCAGGUCAGGGUCAAACAAAUGACACAUCUCUGCUAGAAACAAUUGGUCCCAAUGACAUGUUUUCUCCUUCUUUUGAUUACUUGGAAUCUCGGGUUCUCUUGAUAUCCAGAGAUCGACCGGCUCUUUGGAGGUAUAGAUUUUAGGAACUGUAUUGGGUUCAAUAUCAGGUGAUUAACCUAUUUUUAGUGUUGGCAUUUCUUGUUGCCUCUAUAAACAAGGUGUUUCUGCUAAUCUCUAUUAAGUUAUUAAGGUUUAGCUCUCAGGAAAUGGCUAUCAAUGUUAGUGUGAAUGUGUGAUGUACAAGAAGUUUAAUCUUUUACAGUGUGUUAUCAAGACAGGGUUUCAUCAAUUGAAGUUUGAGCUUGCUAUUUUUUGGUCAUGGAAA